UUUGAAAGUCAUAAAGAACUAAAGAUCAUGUUAGCGAGGCCCAAACCAAAAGUUCUCAUUAUCCACAAACGACACCGUCCCAACUGCUUACCAAGGAGUGUCAUCGAACCUUGGGGCCACCGGCCCACCGGAGAUCUUCGACCCCGUGUAGGCUCUGAUUAUCAUUUAUGCAAGGAGCUGACUGCAGUUUUCAGAAGGAGAAAAGAACGAGGGAGCGAUGGAGGAAGAGGAACAUGAAGUGUACGGAGGAGAAAUCCCCGACGAGGGAGAGAUGGAAGGUGACAUGGACGCUAAUCACGACGUCGACAUGUCCGCCGCCGACGAGGAUGCCGUCAAGGAGCUAGAUGAGAUGAAAAAGCGUUUGAAGGAGAUGGAAGAGGAAGCCGCUGCUCUUCGCGAAAUGCAGGCUAAGGUCGAGAAGGAGAUGGGAUCUGUUCAAGGUUUCUUGCUUCUUUUUAAAUUGUGUAACGUAGGCAUGAAUCUGGAUUAUAGUUGUUUAUAUAUUUUACUUUUGUGUGAUUAAAGUGUUUUUGUUCAUUUUUCUAUUGCGUUAGGGUUUCUGGAUUCGAUUCUGUUGAUUCAAUUGUGUUGAAAUGAAUCUGUUGAGUUCUUUGCUGAACUUAUCUUUGUUCCUUUAUUUAUCUCCAAAGGCCGAAGGAUAUUGAUUCAGGUUUCAGAAAACCAAUGGUUCCGUGCCAUUUCCUUUUUUAGAAAAAAGAAAUCAAUGAUUCAGUAACUGUUUAAGCUUCCAAGUAAACCAAGAAAUCUAUUUUGGUUCCUUUUUUUCAAUCUCCCUUUUGUGUUUUUGUUGGUAAACUUGUUCCAGGAUGACAUGAUGAUGAUGAUAUGUGCCUGUUUGUAAUCCAGAUCCUGCUAGUGCAACUGCUAAUCAAGCAAGCAGAGAAGAGGCUGAUUCAAGAUCAGUUUUUGUUGGCAAUGUGAGAAACAGAAUACUCUCUAUAAACUAUUUUUUGUUGUAGAAUAGUUACUGUAGUCCUUCAGCUUUUGAGACAUAGUUCUAGCCCUGUGCUUAAAGGAUGAAAGUUUUAGUGGGUAAAUCAUCAUCCUAUCCCAUGCAUGAUUCUUCUGCUGGAGAUGAUCAAGAUGUACCUUUCUUUGGAUGGGUUUUAUUCAUAUGAUGCAUCAGUGUCUGAAAUGUCACUUCAUAUAUUGAUAAGCUUUUAUUGGCUGGAACAUACAUUUCAAUGACUUGUAGUUGUAAGGAUGUAAGGAGCUGGCAUGUUGAUUUUUUUUCAUCCUUGUUCUUUUAAGUAGCUUAUGAUCCACAUUACAUAAUAUAAUACAACAGAAUUC